AAGAAUCACAGGAUGAGUGAGAGAGAGAGAAGAAAACAACAGUUAAAGCGAGGGCCAGGCACGGCUUGCUCUUAGCUGGAAGACAUGGCUGUCAUGGGGGCUUUCCAUUUCAAUGAAGGAAUCCCCAUCUCCAAUUCCCUUCUUCUUCUUCUUCUUCUUCUUCUUCUUCCUGCGUAUGUCUCUCCUCCUCUCUCCCUCCCUAUAAAACCCCCACCCUUCCGCCAUUCUUUCCACAAAUUACCGCACUCACAAAACUACCCUCUUUCUAAUCCAUCACCAGCACCACCACUGCUACUAUUAUUCUUGCUACAUAGUGGCAGUGGGACUAUGGAGCACAGCAGUCUCUCUCUUCUCUUCCAUCUCCUCACACUCGCCACCUAUGUAUCAGCCCGACCGGCCACCUUCCUCCAAGACUUCCGCAUCACUUGGGCCGACUCUCAUAUCAAGCAGCUGCAAGGAGGCACUGCCAUUCAAUUGACCCUCGACCAAUCCUCAGGAUGUGGGUUUGCUUCCAAGAGCCAAUACUUGUUCGGACGUGUGAGCAUGAAGAUUAAGCUCAUUCCCGGCGACUCCGCCGGAACGGUCACCGCCUUCUAUUUGAAUUCCAAUACCGACAGGAUCCGUGAUGAGCUCGAUUUUGAGUUCUUGGGGAAUAGGACUGGACAUCCUUAUACGGUCCAGACCAACGUGUACACCCGUGGGAAAGGUGACCGGGAGCAGAGGGUCAACCUUUGGUUUGAUCCUGCUGCCGACUUCCACACCUACUCGAUCCUGUGGAACCACUACCAUGCCGUAUUCUUUGUGGACGAAGUCCCGAUCAGAGUGUUCAAGAACAACGAAGCCCGGGGCAUACCGUUCCCCAAGUCACAGCCCAUGGGAGUGUACUCCACCCUAUGGGAGGCCGACGACUGGGCUACGCGAGGAGGGCUCGAGAAGAUAGAUUGGAGCAAGGCCCCAUUUUAUGCUUACUAUGAGGAUUUCGAUAUCGAGGGCUGCGCCAAACCUGGCCCAGAAAGCUGCGCUUCCAACCCAAACAACUGGUGGGAGGCCCCGGCAUACCGCCAGCUUAGUGCAAUCCAAGCCAGGAAAUAUAGGUGGGUUCGUGUGAACCACAUGAUCUAUGACUACUGCACCGAUAAGUCCCGAUACCCGGUCACCCCACCGGAAUGCACCGCUGGAAUUUGAAGUACUAAGAAUGAAGACAUUGGAUGGAAGGUGUAUAUAUAGUAGGCAUACUAGUAUAAGAUCGUGUGUUGUCUUAUUUGGUAGCUAUGUAACAUCGUCCACUGUGGUCUAAUUGUACUAAUGUAUAUGUUUGAGUUGUCUUUGUUUCUCGAGUUAAUUGUGGGUCAAUUGUACCAAUGUAUGUGAUUGUGUUUAUUUGUGAAGUUAAUCUGUAAAAUUGUUGCUGAAAGCUGUAAUAAGCUAUGUGCAAACAUUGCUCCGGAUACUUUUGAUUGUCCAUGGUUAACUUUGUCUGUUU